AUGUCUUCGAGCCCACCAAGGAGCCCAAGAACGCGGUCCUCGAGGUCCAGGGCCAACUCGACAUCUUCCUCGUAUCAGACAAACAACACAUCACUCCCGCCUCUACAGACCAAAGGCGCUGGUGACGACGAAAUUCUUGAGCCCUUGGCAGAAGAAGAGGUCGAGCCUGGCUCGUUUGAUCUUGUGGUUCCAUCUCACGGUGACAACGGACAAUACUCGCUAGAAACCCGCUCAGAGCUCUUGUUCUCAAAGGACCAUCUGCAGGCCAUUUUUGACGAUCACAUACUCCUCCAACGGUUUACCGACUUCCUUCAUCAUGCCCGGCCCGACUCGCUACCCCUGUUGACUUAUUUCUUGGACUGUCUGAAGGCUCUUCGUGCCAUUGCGUACGCGAAUGCCAUCGCAGGCGGCCUCGACACUCUACCUGGUCAUGAAUUCUCAAUGGUCAACACCGACAACACAAUCAACAGCUCUCUGAGGAAGAAGGCUGAAGCUGCGUUUGACGUGCUCGUUCAGCAAGAUCUUCCCGCCUACAUCACUCACACCUGGAUCCAGACCGUCAGCGUGUCCAUCAAGAGGCGUAUCACGGGCACUCUGCCGGUUCAACUGAGAGAAAUGUCCGAGGGCUUGGCAGAAGUGUUCUGCCUGACGGACCCUUCAAGAAACGACAACCCUAUUGUUUUUGCCUCUGAGGAAUUCCACCGCACGACUCAGUACGGCAUGAACUAUGUCAUUGGCCGCAACUGCCGCUUCCUUCAAGGUCCCAAGACCAAUCCCUUCAGUGUUCAACGUAUCCGCGACAAGAUCCUGGCCGGAAAGGAGCACUACGAAACCUUCCUUAACUACCGCAGAGACGGCUCCCCCUUCAUGAACCUCCUCAUGGUAGCUCCUCUCUACGACAGCCGUGGCACAGUCCGCUACUUCAUCGGCGCCCAAGUCGACGUCUCCGGUCUCGCCAAAGAAAGCUCCGGCCUGGACGCCCUCCAGAACCUAGUCGUCGAAAAGGAGCCAGUCGGCACCAUAAACGGCCAGCAGCAGCAUCAGCGAUACAACAACGAGGAAGAAAAGGACGAAUUCGAGGAGCUCAGCGAAAUGUUCAACAUGAACGAGCUCGAAACCGUUCGCAGACGCGGUGGAAACAUGCACCGCGUGCCCCAAGACGAAGCCCAAGCCGCAUCCUCGACAAACUGGCAAAAGCCACGCAUCCUAAUCCAGGACGAGUCCUCCUCGGUUCACCAAGCCAACCCCGCCAUACCCCUGACGAGCGGCAAGCUCUCGGGCGUCUACGAACACUACCUCCUCGUCCGCCCCUACCCCAGCCUCCGCAUCCUCUUCGCCUCCCCCUCCCUCCGCCUCCCGGGCAUCCUCCAGUCCAACUUCAUGGACAGGAUAGGCGGCUCCAACCGCGUCCGUGACGGCCUCUCCCAAGCCUUUGCCGACGGCCACGGCGUCACCGCCAAAGUCCGCUGGCUCUCCAAAUCCAGCAGCGAAGGCCGCGUCCGCUGGAUCCACUGCACCCCUUUACUAGGCAGCAACUGCGCCGUGGGCGUCUGGAUGGUCGUCCUCGUCGACGAUGAGUCCGAAGCCGGUAUCAAGCGAGGAAACCAAGCGCCCCCCGUCGACGGCCGCCUCCGAAGGGCCCCCGGCGUUGCGCAACAGCUUCAGCAGCAGCAGCUCGGGGCGCAGGGCCAGCACCGCCCCUCGGUCGACGAUAAAAUGUCCCUCUCGAGCUUCGCGGCCAUGAACCGCGCCCGUGACGAGGUACAGGUCGACGCCCCCGCCGACUUUGACGUUGACGUCACCUCCGAUCGCCCGGGCAGUCGUGCCAGUCGCGCGAGCAAGUCGAGUCGGCUCAGCCGGGGUCCCGUCAGUGCGCAGCGUCGGCCUCUGAUCCCGGGCGGGUUUGAUGACCCCGACGGAGGGCCAUCCCGGCCUGCGUAUACCGUAAGGCUGGAGGAGGAUUAG